AUGCUGGGCGGAAGCCCCCGUACUGUUACGCUUCCUGGACCCCCCGGCCUUCCCCUGGCAGGGAAUAUUAUUCAGCUGAAGCAGGGCCAUGUCCUCAAACUCGCUGAGUGGACGAAGAAGUACGGUGAUGUGAUCCGUGUCUCCCUUGGGGAGCGCGAGGCUGUGUUUCUCAACAGCCACAAAGCUCUUGCUCAGACUGUUGUCCAGCAAGGUCCUGCGUUUCAGUCACGCCCGACCUUUAGGCUUUUUCACUGUGACUAUGCGACCUCUGGUAUCUGGACUGUUGGGACUUCGCCCUUUAGCAGCCGUCUCGUGCGAACUCGCAGGGUGCUCUCUGCCCAGAUUGCUCCUCGAGUGCUGCCCAUCUACACUCCCGUCAUUCAUCCCAAGCUCAAAAGAUUUCUUGGCGACGUCCUCGAGAUCAGCCAAGGCCCUGCCAUAGACAUGGGCGAGAAGCUUCACCAUUUUGGCACUGGCCAGGUCUCGGAGCAGCUCAUGGGUCAAGCCCUUGCAGACGAUUUGGUAGCAACGAUUGCAGAGAACGAGACCAAUAUCUUCCGUCAACGCACCAUUGGCUCGCCAGCUCGUGACUACAUCCCAGCCUUGCGCCUUGCUCUCCGAGCUCGCUCUUUGAUCUGUGGCCGUUUUGGUAUGGAGGAAUGGGCUAAGGAUGAGAAAGCGGGAACUGCCCGAGAGUACCGCAGAAAACAGCAAGCCUAUAUCAACCGGAUGCUUGGUGAACUGAAGGCGCGUAUUGAAAGCGGCGACAGUACUCCGUCCAUCCUCGGCAACAUGCUCCGUCAGGGAACACUGAGCGAAGACGAAGUUCUUUUGGCUUCCUACACAGGCAUUGCCGCAGGCGUUAACCUUGGCUACUCCCUCACCUGGAUCAUCGGCUUCCUUGCCAACAGACCCGAUCUGCAGAAGAAGGGCUUCGAGGCCAUUCGAGAGGUGUACCACGGCGAGCCACCCAAGCCCCAUGAGUAUGACCGUGUCGAAUACGUUAAGGCUCUGCACACAGUGAGAGACUCGAUCUGA